AUGAAGCCACACCAACUCUUCAGUAGAUAUCACAAUAUGAUGCGUAGAGCUUUAUCUAAAUGUUAUUCCUUUGCACUUCGGUUAAACAUCAGGCACAUGGACUCUGUUGGGCAGACAGGGUUAAUAUUGACUACAUCGUUUCGUCAAUAUACAACUCCAGUGGUAAACUCUCACAAUGAUUGGGAUCCUCUAGAAGAAGUUAUUGUGGGUAGAGCAGACAAUGCAUGUAUACCAGUACUUACACCAGAAGUAAAAGCUUGCACAGGUGAAAAACAGUGGGACUACUUAAGAAAGCAUGGCGGUCAAAGAUACCCUGAGGAGUUAAUCAAAAAAAUAAACGCGGAAGUCGAAAUACUUUGUGAUAUUUUGCGCCAAGAGGGCGUUAUUGUCAGACGCCCUGAUAUCGUUGAUCACCAAAAAGUAUCGAUCGUUGUCUUUUGUCUGUUGUGUGCCAUCAUCCGUUGUUGUAUAUGUUUAAAGGCUUUCGAAUAUACUACACCAGAUUUUACUUCAAUUGGAAUGGAAACAGCCAUGCCUCGUGACAUUAUUUUUGCCAUCGGAAAUGAAAUUAUUGAAUCACCUAUGGCAUGGAGAUGCCGUUUCUUUGAGUAUCGUGCAUACCGCGCAUUAAUGAAGGAAUAUUUUUCGAGAGGUGCUAAAUGGACAACGGCACCAAAAGCUACUAUGUCAGACGAGCUGUAUGAUCCAGAAUAUCAAAUAAAAUCUACCAAGGACAGACAUGAAUUAGCAGCUCAGGGUAGAUUUGUGACAACUGAAUACGAGCCAUGCUUCGAUGCCGCUGAUUUUAUGAGAGUUGGAAAAGAUAUAUUCGUGCAAAGAAGCCAGGUGACAAAUAUGAUGGGUACUGAAUGGAUGAGGCGCCAUCUUGGUGAAAAGUAUAACCUUCAUGUUUUGACCUUCUCGCCUCCCAAUAGCAUGCAUAUUGACGUAUCAAUUACCGCAGUAAGAGAAGGCUUACUUAUCGUUAACCCUAACAGACCGUGCAAUGAGCUAGAUAUUUUUCAGAAAGCAGGCUGGAAAAUAGUGGAAGCACCUAGACCUGCUAAGCCUGCUUCGCAUGUUUUGCGGAUGAGUACCAGUUGGUUAAGUAUAAAUGUAUUACUGUUGGAUGACAAAAGAGUAAUCGUGGAGAGUUCUGAAUUACCAAUACAAAAAGUAUGUUUUCUAUCCUAACUAGUCAUAAGCUCGUGGAAAUCCACAGGAAUUGGCCUGCCACUACUUUCCAUUACUAUCUUUGCCUGACAGACGGAAAGUUGGGUAUUAUUAUAUCGUCAUUAUUAUGUUAUAAUAUAGUCAUUAUCCUGUGGAAGAAACCACGGGGUCGUCGUCUGCAUAUUAUCUACUCUGCAAGGAAACCGGAUUAAAGCUGCGCGCAGUCAUUUUGAAUGCACAAAAUAUGGCGGUUAUUAACGCCGGAUCAAACCACAAGUAACUGUGUGACCCAGUGUUUAACGCCACAAUGUGCGUUUAGCAAUAAAGCGCUUCAUAAAGCCGUAAACUGGGUAGCACAUCAAGGUGGAGCAAUUUCAAACAGGUAUACAGUAUGUCGAAAAUCGAGUAAAGCGUG